UGGGUUUCCAACAAAUUACCCAAAGCAUGAGGGUCUGGAAAUCCAUGGGUGGAAUUUACCGGAGAGCGGCCCCUGAACCAAGACCCCACCAUCUAUCUGGCUGGCCACCAAUGGACAACAGGAUCAUGGGGAUAAAUACACCGGUAUGGAGACUUCAAAUACACUCCGUCCGCGUUGUGUAAUUGUUUUACGCAUUGCAUUAUCUUUAGUUACAACACUGUACUCCGGAGGAAGAUACAUUUACUGCCUUCAGUUGGUAUGCAGGGAUGCCUUUAUCUCAUUCCUCAUCCAACCUUGUUCUGGCAAUUGCCUCCUAACUCGCCAUACCACAGUGCUUUGCCUAGUGACAAGCCUAUGCAUGCGUCGCUAUGCACUGUUUAUUGUUAUGAUAUUGAUCAAUUUUCGAGAGUCGUGCAUAUGUCAAGUGGAAGUUACAGUACUUGUACUCUGUCGUUGACUUCAAUAUCCUCAUAUUCUAUUACUACUAGUAGAAGGACAGCUUUCCUAAAAUAAGUCGUAUGG